AUGGGGACACCACCUAGAAACUACUACCUGGUAAUACCUGGAAAUGACUAUCUGGUAAUACCUGAAAAUGACUAUCUGGUAAUACCUGGAAAUGACUACCUGGUAAUACCUGGAAAUGACUAUCUGGUAAUACCUGGAAAUGACUACGUGGUAAUACCUGGAAAUGACUACGUGGUAAUACCUGGAAAUGACUACCUGGUAAUACCUGGAAAUGACUAUAUGGUAAUACCUGGAAAUGACUACCUUGUAAUACCUGCAAAUGACUACGUGGUAAUACCUGGAAAUGACUACCUGGUAAUACCUGGAAAUGACUACCUGGUAAUACCUGGAAAUGACUACCUGGUAAUACCUGGAAAUGACUACGUGGUAAUUCCUGGAAAUGACUACCUGGUAAUACCUGGAAAUGACUACGUGGUAAUACCUGGAAAUGACUACCUGGUAAUACCUGGAAAUAACUACGUGGUAAUACCUGGAAAUGACUACCUGGUAAUACCUGGAAAAGACUACCUGGUAAUACCUGGAAAUGACUACGUGGUAAUACCUGGAAAUGACUACCUGGUAAUACCUGGAAAUGACUACGUGGUAAUACCUGGAAAUGACUACCUGGUAAUACCUGGAAAUGACUACGUGGUAAUACCUGGAAAUGACUACCUGGUAAUACCUGGAAAUGACUACGUGGUAAUACCUGGAAAUGAGUACGUGGUAAUACCUGGAAAUGACUACGUGGUAAUGCCUGAUGUAUUAAAUAUAAUACAUUAA